CUCGCCCGGCUGCCCAAGGCCGGUUUCCGCGUCACGGUCCACAGGGCGGCCGGGGCCUGAGCGCCUCUUCCCGCAGCCGUCCCGCCCCGGGGAGGGGGCAGCGGCUGCCUCCGGCCACACCUGUGUCGCAGUAGCGACAGUGCAGGGCAAGGAGCGCCCGCGGGUCCGCACUAGACGGGUUAGCGUCCGGCCGCACCAUGACGGUGGGUGCGCGGCUGGGCGCCAAGGUGAGGGGCAGGUAUUCCCGUCGCGGGCCCGGCGAUGACCAGGUCUCCAUCCUGCCCGGCGAGGAGGAGGAGGAGGAGGAGGAGGCGGGGGCUGGGGGCAGCGCGGGGACCCCGCGACCGGCGGCGCUAGAAAAGAAGGAGGAGGAGGGCACUGGCUCCAGGAAAGUGCGCUUCGCCGUCCUGCCCGACUCCUACGAACCGCUGCGUCCGCCGCGAUCCGCCGGCAAGCGACCCUACGGGAAGCGGCUGAAGAAGUACGGCAAGAACGUUGGCAAAGCUCUGCAGAAGGGAUGUCGCUACUUGGUGGUCGGCCUGCAAGGAUUAGCGACGGCCUAUUCCGCUCCCUUUGGAGUGGCUGCUCAGGUGGCAUCCUUCGUCCGCUAGAGCAGCUCCACAUGCCCCACCUGGGGAGGACCUGAGGCCGUUGCUGCUUUCUUAAGAUAAAUAUAGGAGACUCACAUCCGAGA